AUGCCGCCCUUUCGUAACCUGUUUCCCCGACGCCCCCCAGCCGUGAACGUGGAAGAAGCGCCGGGCGAGCCAGGCCAACUGUCUGCAGAGAGAAGCCCGGCAAGAAGUCCACGGCCGUCAUUGACGCUCCAGAGGCCAAAAGUUGACGAGCCUCAUGAAUAUAAAAUGAGUGUCGUGAAUGACAACGGAGUCUAUCUUCCGCCCUCGCCCACUGAGACGAAGAGCUACUGGCAGCGGCCAUCGUCUCGAAAAGCCAGCCGGAACCUCGUUGAUGAAAAUGAGCCCUUCUCAAUAUCGCGGGAGUCGUUUGAUUCGUAUCGUCGUUCAUUUGACAUAUCCGCUCGGUCCCCCGUGAGCCAGCAUUCGGACAUAGCUGCAUCUCGCACCUCACUGGACUCCCGCCUGUCCCGGACCACCUGUCCCCGUUCAUCAAUAAACGGUUAUUCUCUCGAACCCCCCAUAGACAGCAAUGGCGUGGACGAGGUAGAAGAUCCGUUCGAAGACGUCUCCCUAGCUGACGAUUCCAAACCGAAGAAACGGGGGCUGUUCUCUCGCUUUGGUGACUCGCCUGCGUCCCAGCAGACACCGGGAAAGCAUAGCUUCCACUUCCCCGGUAGACGACGGGAUCAAAGUGGGCAGGGCGCCGAGCUAGCGAGCAUAGACCGGGCCAAAUAGCUCACACUAACCAGAGCCCAGAAUUCUUGUCUAUAAAUGCUGGUUUGCUAUGUUUGACAUUAAUAUUUUUGUAUUCAUUGGCGUUGAAUGAACCCAUAGUUGGGCCGCUGGGGCUACUUAGGGGCCGCAUCUCCUUCCGGCCUGCUGCUAUCUGCCUUUCCCAGCUGCCGAGCUGCCCUCCCUUUGCUGCUUUCCAGGCGCUGGAUUCUUCUCUUCUUCUUCUUCUUCUUCUUCUUCUUCCUUGUUUGCUUCUUUUCUUCUUCCUUCUUUUUCCUUGCUUGCAUUUUUUUUUAGCCGCAAAAAGCCCAAUGUACAUAUCACGUGAUAUGCUGUUGCUUAGUCACCUAUCAGAUCUAUGCAAACAGUGCAAACAUG